CGCGUCCAGUAAGCUGUUUCUCCAACUGCCAGAAAAUAUUGGAGAAGAAAGAGCCGCUGCUUGUCUGAACAACUUUAGCCCCUCGAUUUAUAAAAAUAAAAACACGUUAUUGUGUCUGCCUUUGAGGAUUUAAAACCUUGCUCUGCUAUAAAACACUGAGCAUCACAUAUCGUCACUUAAGCUUGGUCUUGGAAGUUUCUGUGCACUGUUUCUCUGUAAGGCCAUUCAGAGAGAACAAAGCAGGCUUCGGAUGCAGGCGAUGAGAGCCCGAAAAAAAGCAGAGCAGCUAGAGCAACAUAGAUUGACUCGAGCUGCUAAAGAGGAGCAGAGAGAGAAGUGGAGGCAGGCGAAGGCAAAGUGGUGGGUGAGCUUACACCCCCAGAAGCAACACCGUCAGAAGGAGAAGAGAGCCCAGUGGGAAAGAGAAAAGCGAGCGAACAAAAGAGCUGUUAUGAGUUCAUCAGAAGACAGACAUCGCUCCUCCAGGAAGUCUCGGGCUCCCGAUCCCUCACAGCUGUGUGAGGACAUGAAAUCAGAGACGUGCAAAGCGUCAGAAGUCUAUGUGAAGAAAGAGGAGACACUGGAGCUGAACAUCUUCAACCAUGGAGACGACCUUGACAACCCACCUGAAGAUCUCUCCAUUAAAGUGGAAGAUCCUGACAAGAACGACUACCUCUACUGUGAAGUUUGCAAAUCCUUCUUCUUCAGCAAAUGUGAGGUUCAUGGACCGCCCCUCUUCAUCCCAGAUACUCCUGUUCCCAUGGGAGUCUCUGACCGAGCCAGACAAACUCUUCCUCCUGGGUUAGAAAUCCAGAAGUCCAGUAUUCCUGAUGCAGGCCUGGGAGUGUUUAAUAAGGGGGAGACUGUUCCAAUAGGUGCACACUUCGGACCCUAUCAGGGAGAGCUGGUAAACAGAGCGGAAUCCAGGAACAGUGGAUACUCCUGGGUUAUAUACGAGAACAUGCAGUGCGAAGAAUGCAUAGAUGCCAAAAGAGAGAUGCAUGUGAAUUGGAUGAGGUAUGUGAAUUGUACCCGUAACAAUGAAGAACAGAAUCUUGUGGCAUUUAAGUAUCGAGGGGGAAUUCUAUAUCGUUGCUGUCGACCCAUUAACCCAGGACAGGAGCUCUUGGUGUGGUAUGAAGAGGAGUGCACCAAAGAACUUAGUCCUGUACCUACAGGAACAACCAGACAGCAAGAAGUAAAGAAUGCUCUGCUGCAAGUCUUUUCCUGCUCCACAUGUCCUCAUUCCGAUGCAUCUCAAAUUUACCAAAACAAACACAUCCAGAGAUGCCACUAUGAAGCAUAUGUGAGACUUCAGGAAUCAAGAGAGAUUAAAUACGAACUUCAAAUCCCCUCCAAAUGCUCCAGUAGUGAGCCAACAUCAACUGAUACUCUCAGUUCUGACACGUCACAUAAUGAUAUACAGAAGAGAAUUCACCACUGCUCAGAUGGUGGAAAGAGUUUUGGUCAUCAGAUAUCACUCAAGACAAACCGGUGCAAUCACACAGGGGGAAAUCCACAUUAUUGCUCCCAGUGUGGAAAGAGUUUUACUCGUCAGAGUCAUCUCCAAAUACACCAACGCAUUCACACAGGAGAGAAGCCGUAUCACUGCUUACAGUGUGGAAAGAGUUUUGCUCGUCAGAGUGAUCUCCAAAAACACCAGCGCAUUCACACAGGAGAGAAGCCGUAUCACUGCUCACAGUGUGGAAAGAGUUUUGCUCAUCAGAGUACUCUCCAAACACACCAGCGCAUUCACACAGGAGAGAAGCCGUAUCACUGCUUACAGUGUGGAAAGAGUUUUACUCAUCAGAGUGAUCUCCAAAGACACCAGCGCAUUCACACAGGAGAGAAGCCGUAUCACUGCUCACAGUGUGGAAAGAGUUUUACUCAUCGGAGUCAUCUCCAAAAACACCAGCGCAUUCACACGGGAGAAAAGCCAUAUCACUGCUCACAGUGUGGAAAAAAUUUUACUCAGCAGAGUCAUCUCCAACAACACCAGCGCAUUCACACAGGAGAGAAGCCGUAUCACUGCUCACAGUGUGGAAAGAGUUUUACUCAUCAGAGUAAUCUCCAAACACACCAGCGCAUUCACACAGGAGAGAAGCCGUAUCACUGCUCACAGUGUGGAAAGAGUUUUACUCGUCAGAGUAAUCUCCAAAAACACCAGCGCAUUCACACCGGAGAGAAGCCGUAUAACUGCUCUCAGUGUCAAGAGUUUUCCUCAGUAAAGUAAUCUCCAAAAAUAUCAGCGUGUUCACACAGGAGAGAAGCUGUAUCACUGCUCACAGUGUGGAAAGACAUUUAUUGAGUCAGUUACAUUUACGACCCACAAGUUUAAAGUUGUGAAAUUAAAUAUGGUUAUUACAGUUUUUGCUGAAAAUGACCUGUACUUUGAA